AUGGCACCAUCACUUUCCAAUCUAAUAAUAACAUGUCCGCUCUCACCUGAUAAACUCGCAGAGGUGAAAACUCAUUUUAAGAGUGUACAUCACUAUCCUCCAACUUCAAAAGAAAAAGUUCCAAAAGAAUUAGCAUCAAAAGCGGAUGUUUGGUAUACCAAUUAUCUUGGUAUACCUGAUUAUCUGAAUUUCGAUGAUAUACCCAGUACGAAAUUGGUUCAAUUGACAAGCGCCGGCGCAAACUUAGCCCUCAAAUCUCCCGCUUUAAAUAGUGAACAAGCGAGAAAACAGAUAUCUAUAUCUUCCGCUUCAGGUAUUCACGUUUUGAGUAUUCCUCAAUGGAUCUUGUCUCAGACCAUCAGUUUGUAUAUGCACCUUUAUCUCCAAACUUACAAUCUUCGUGCGAAUCAAAAAUGGCAACGUGACAUUCCACAAUUACCUGCUCCUCCCCCUAGUGAUUUUGGAAAUUCCGGCAGAUCACUUUACGGCAAAACUGCAGGUCUGUUGGGUUACGGUCAUAUCGCAAGGGAAACUGCUAGAUUGCUGAAAGCGUUCAACGUAAAUAUCAUUGCGGCCAAUUCGACUGGAGAGAAAAGAAGAGAUGAAGGCUAUAUCAUCCCUGGAACAGGUGAUGAAGAAGGAACAAUCCCUUCAGCUUAUUAUUCCACCAAUGACCCAGAAUCAUUCAAGACUUUCCUAAGUAAAUCAGAUAUCUUGAUCGCUAGUCUUCCAUCAACCCCUCAAACCACUUGGCUAUUGAAAGAUGAGCAUCUUGAGAUCUUACCUGAGGGAGCUGUACUCAUCAAUGUCGGUAGAGGUGAUCUUGUUAAAUCUGACUCACUGAUCAAAGCACUUGAUAAAGGACAUUUAUCAGGUAUAGCGUUGGACGUGACGGAUCCAGAACCCCUACCUGAAGGUCAUCCACUUUUCACCCAUCCAUUAGCAAUCAUAACUCCUCACACUUCCUCAAACGUCAAAGGCUAUUUCGAAGUGGGAGCUGAUCUUUUAUUGGAGAACGUUAAAAGAAUUAGAGAAGGCGGUAAACCUAUCAAUAAAAUUGAUCCUGAGAAAGGAUAUUGA